GGGUGGUAUCGCGAGGAAGAAGAAGACAAAAUGUGAAGAAAAAUAAACAAUGCAAUAAUACUAUUUACGAAUUUUGUGGAACGAGUGUGCAUUAUUAACAGCAAAAAGCAAUGGAUACACAACCUGAGGUGCCCGAGGCACCGCUGCGACCAUUCAAAUUGGCGCAUCAGGUUGUGAGCCUCACCGGCAUCAGUUUCGAACGUCGCAGCAUUAUUGGCAUGGUGGAGCUGACGAUAGUGCCAAACAACGAGAGCUUACGUCUGAUACGACUCAAUGCCAAACAGUUGCGCAUUUACAGCGUGGUCCUCAACGAUGUUUGCCAAGCGGAAUUCGUCUACUUUGAUCCCUUCCAGGACAUAUGCCACAAGGAGCCCAAGAGUCGCUCGUUGGUCGUCUACUCCAAGCAUCAUUUGACUGCUGCACAAAUCACCGAUCCCGAUGUGAAUAAUGGAGAACUGCUCAUUCAAGUGCCACCGGAGGGUUAUUCGUUGAUACAAGAGGGUCGCGGUCUGCGCAUCCGUAUUGAAUUCUCCGCGGAAAAUCCGAAGAGUGGAAUGCAUUUUGUAAUGCCGCCGACAUCAUCGGAAGAUGACACUGCUCAACUGAAUUGUGCACACAUGUACACCAAUUGCUAUGAGAACUCGACGCGUCUUUGGUUUCCCUGCGUCGAUAGCUUUGCGGAUCCGUGCACCUGGCGUCUGGAAUUCACUGUGGAUAAAAAUCUGACAGCCGUUUCGAGCGGUGAGCUUGUGGAGGUGAUUAUGACGCCGGAUUUGCGCAAGAAAACAUUUCAUUAUACGGUCUCCACGCCGGUAUGUGCUCCAAAUAUUGCCCUGGCAGUGGGUCCCUUCGAAAUCUACGUGGAUCCACAUAUGCACGAAGUGACGCACUUUUGUUUGCCGGGCAUGUUGCCGCUGUUGAAGAACACUGUGCGUUAUCUGCACGAAGCGUUUGAAUUCUUUGAGGAGACACUCUCCACACGCUAUCCCUUCUCCUGCUACAAACAGGUGUUUGUAGACGAACUGGACACCGACAUCAGUGCGUAUGCGACCAUGACGAUAGCUUCGGUUAAUCUGCUCCACUCCAUAGCGAUUAUCGAUCAAACCUAUGUAUCCAGAACAUUUAUGUCGCGUGCCGUGGCGGAGCAGUUCUUUGGCUGCUUCAUCACCUCGCAUCACUGGUCGGACACAUGGCUGGCCAAAGGCAUCGCCGAGUAUUUAUGUGGCUUGUAUUCGCGCAAAUGCUUUGGCAACAACGAGUAUCGCGAAUGGGUGCAAACGGAACUGGCGCGUGUCGUCAAAUAUGAGGAGCAAUAUGGCGGCAUUAUACUCGAUUGCAGUCAGCCUCCGGCUCCUCUACCCGUCUCGAGCACAAAUCCAGCAGCAGCAGCCAGCAAGCAGCAGGAGAUUGUCCACUAUUUUCCCAUCAAGAGUCUGCAUACGGUGUCGCCCAAAUAUGUGGAAGCGAUGCGUCGCAAGGCGCACUUGGUCAUACGCAUGCUGGAGCAUCGCAUUGGCCAGGAGCUGCUCAUCCAGGUGUUCAACAAGCAAUUGGUCUUGGCAACGAAUGCGGCAGAUAUGAAAAUUGGCGCUGGAUUGUGGUCUCAGUUGCUCAUCUCCACGAAUAUUUUCAUUAAGGCAAUUUUCACAGUGACCGGCAAGGACAUGUCCGUUUUCAUGGAUCAAUGGGUACGCACCGGUGGACAUGCAAAGUUCUCGCUUACCUCGGUGUUCAAUCGUAAGCGCAACACCAUCGAACUGGAGAUACGACAGGAUUUUGUCAAUCAACGUGGUGUUAGAAAAUACAAUGGUCCGUUGCUGGUGCAGCUGCAGGAGUUGGAUGGCACCUUCAAGCAUACGCUGCAGAUUGAGAAUACGCUGGUCAAGGCGGACAUCACAUGCCACUCGAAGAGCAGGCGCAACAAGAAGAAAAAGAUUCCCCUGUGCACGGGAGAAGAGGUCGACAUGGAUCUGUCUGCCAUGGGUGACUCACCUGUGCUCUGGAUACGCCUCGAUCCUGAGAUGAUUUUGUUGCGUGAUUUGAUUAUUGAGCAGCCGGACUUUCAGUGGCAAUAUCAGUUGCGACACGAGCGAGAUGUCACUGCCCAGUUUCAGGCGAUACAAGCGCUGCAAAAGUAUCCCACGAAUGCCACAAGAUUAGCACUCACAGACACCAUUGAGAGUGAAUCUUGCUUCUACAAGGUGCGUUGCCAGGCUGCGCAUAGCCUCACUAAGGUGGCCAAUCAAAUGGUGGCCUCGUGGAGCGGUCCUCCAGCCAUGCUGAACAUCUUCCGCAAAUUCUUUGGCUCCUUCAGUGCGCCGCACAUCAUCAAACUAAAUAACUUUUCCAACUUUCAACUGUACUAUUUGCAAAAAGCCAUUCCGGUGGCCAUGGCGGGUUUGCGCACCUCGCAUGGCAUCUGCCCGCCGGAGGUGAUGCGAUUUCUGUUCGAUCUCUUCAAAUACAAUGAGAAUUCGCGCAAUCAUUAUACGGAUGCUUAUUAUAGAGCUGCACUGGUGGAGGCGUUGGGAGAGACACUCACACCAGUUGUCUCUGUGGCAAUGCAUGGCACUCAAAUCACGACGGACAGCCUCUCCACAGAUGCCAAAUUGGUGCUGGAUGAAGUGACGCGCCUGCUGAACAUGGAGAAACAUUUGCCCUCGUACAAGUAUAUGGUUUCCGUCUCCUGCCUGAAGGUCAUACGCAAGCUGCAGAAGUUUGGACACCUGCCCUCUUUGCCGCACAUUUACCGCAGCUAUGCGGAAUACGGCAUCUUUCUCGAUUUGCGUAUUGCGGCCAUGGAGUGUCUGGUGGACUUUGUGAAGGUCGAUGGACGCAGCGAGGAUUUGGAGCAUUUGAUAACGCUGCUGGAAACCGAUCCAGAUCCGGCGGCACGCCAUGGUCUCGCUCAGCUGCUCAUUGAUAAUCCUCCAUUCACAAGGGAGUCGCGCAGCCGUUUGGAUCGACCAAAUCUUCUCGAUCGCCUCUGGCUGAGCAUAAAUACGCUCUCCUGCGACACGAAGCUGCGCUGCGACAUAGUGGAUCUCUACUAUGCGCUGUAUGGCAGCAAGCGACCGAAUUGCCUGCAAGCGAAUGAGAAUCAAAACUUCUACAAUGACCUCAUGAAGGACACAAGCAAUUCAGGCAGUAGCUUUAAAAAGCAGAGCGACGUCAAGACCACAGAGAAUGAGCCGACGGAGAGGAAACCUGCCAUGGUCACAAUUAAACGCACUGCAACCGAAGCCUUUGAAGUGGGUGACGAGAUCAUUAAGCUGGAGCGCAGUGAGGAGAUCACAGUGCUCGAUGAGCCGAUAGAAGUGCAGGCCUACGACAGCGAGACCAAAUUGAAUAUUCUCCCUGAUGAUGAUGGACCCUCGGAUGCCAAUCAGCUGACCAAGCGUGUCAAAACGGAACUCUAUGCGGAAGAUGAGAAUUCGUUGACGGUGCUCGAUGUGGGCGAAUCUACGCGCUACGAUGAUAGUUAUGAUGAGGCCAAAUUCAAGGCGGAUGGCAGUGUCAAGAAAAAGAAGAAGAAGGAUAAGAAGAAACAUAAGCACAAGCAUAAGCAUAAGCACAACAAGGAAAAGGACAAGGAUCGCGAGCGCAAGGAGAAGGGAGAUCGAAGGGAUCCGCAAAUCUCACGUCUGCAGACAAGGGAGGCGGCCACGCCGGAAACUCUCAGCUCAGCGGACAGCAGCAACAGCAACAGUAAUACCCCGAUACAUGUGAACUAACCAAUGGGGUGCUUAACAACAACAACAACAAUUUAUCAGAUUAAGUAAGAUUUUUGUAAGCAUAAUAGAUUGUUCAACAUAUUGUAAGGUUAAAAAAGAUUUCCCUAAUUUACAAUUUAAGAUUAAAAAUCGUAAUAAUAAUA